UUCCACUGAACUUUUCUUUCGGCAUUGGUUCAUCUGGUCUCUGUUUCUCCGCGCGAUGAUUACUAGCCCAUGUUGAGGUUCUGCUACUUACAGCCCCCAAAUUGACCUCCAAACACCUUCCAUAUGCAGCGGUGGCUGAUACGCCAAAGCGAGCGCAACUGCCAUAGUGCAUGUCACUCCGCAAAUACUGUUACAGCACCCUGCUACCUAGCUAACCGAGCUGCGGCACGGUACCAGCACUGCCUACCAGCGAGUCUCAUCAAAGCUUGAGGAAGUACGUCAAAUACCCUCUCAAAGCCACAUACAUGCUUGAGCACCCCCUUUUUUUUUCUUUUUUUUCUUUUUUUCUGAAGCUUACCAUCAUCUGCUCAAUCUUUUUUCAAUCCGUUUACUGUUUCUUCAAGAACCGCUAUUUGAGCAGAGCGUAAUAUGCAUCAAAAGAGCAAAAACGUAGGUCCUCUAUGGCACAUCCAAGUCUGCUCAAGCCCGUCAGCAUCGCGCCAGAAGCUUUUGGUUCCAGGUGCAUACCGAGAUUCCCAGAGCCCUGAACCUUUGGACGACGAAUUCCAUGACGAAAAUGAGGCUCAUUUCCACAACGAUUCCGGGCUCAGGAAAUCAUCCUGUCGACCAUCGAAAAACCCUACAACCCCCACCCGUACAAGCGUGAACCCCCCCAGAGCGCCUGCAUCUGAUCCUGGACCUCGCCUGCGCGCACAAGAAACCCUGAUUCACGACAGAAGUCCCAUCACGGAAACGAAGCUUCAAGCCCCAUGUGGGAAAAUGUAUGCCCGGGUGUCAGCCUGCGAUAGACAUCAGAUCGGAUGUCGGAAGUGCCAGAUCAAGCUCUACGGAAGCCCCGAGAAGUCUGCAGAGCAGAUUAUUCCCAUGCCAGACAUCGCAGACAUCUCAGGCCGGCAGAGUUCCGACGCAGCUAGACCUAGCAAUAUGAAUACAGAAAAGGACGAUAAAAGUCGCGUCGAGGAAGAAGUACAUCGGACGUCAGAAGAACCCGGGCAAAGACCAAGGAAACCGGACUUUGCUGUUUCGUACGACUUGCACAAAAAACUCAAAAGCGGAUUAAAGGACAGGGUUAGCUUAAAAGAGAGUGAUGGACUUCUCUACUUCCUUCAAGUUCCGCAAAGGCCUGGUAUUGUGAAAUUGGGUUUCACCCAAGACGAGUUCAAACGUGGCAAACAACAUAAGCAGAAAUGUAAACUGGAGACGAUCCACGCCAAUAUUUCGAUACAAUUCGCAAAAAUGAAAAUCGCCGAAAAGUUUAUGAAGAUCGAGCUGGACCACCUGAAGGCACCUUGGUACUGCGGUGAAUGCCGUAUAGAACAUAAGGAGUGGUUUAAAGUCGAUAUUAAGCAAGUCGACCAACUAGCGGAAAGAUGGAGGAGAUGGAUCAAUGACGAGUUCCCUUACAAUGAGCUAGGUACUCUUAAAGAGUCUUGGAAAUGGUUCAUUGAACACGAGAUGCCCAGAGAAAAAGAUAUCAAAAAGUUUACGCAUGAUUUUCGGUGGAACCACUGGAACCGUAUUUUGGCACACACCAGCAAUGCCGUAGACGAACAAUGGCGAAAUUCCAAACAGAAACAUCUCUCCGGAGAGCCCCCUAAUAGGUACGACGUAUCCCAUUCCAAUGCGAAGUCUGUAGCAGGACUGCGCUACAACAACACAGUCACCGUGGAGAUCGUUGUUGUUCUAUUGUUGAUAUGGGCUUUUCUCAACUUCUCCGACAUGUUUUGAGGCGUUGUUACUACAUAUUAUCCCCACU